AUCUGCUGCAACAACAGGAAUUGUCUGCUGGCUCCAAACUCUCAAACUUGAUGAGUUAUUUUACCAGUUGUCUUAGAUUCAAGAAAUGGCUUGCACGCUAGAGAGAGUUUUAGCAGAUGCCAAAUCGUUAGUUGAGCGACUCCGCGAUCACGACAAUGCGGCAGAGGUGCUGAUUGAACAGACAACUUGCCUCAACAAACGUGUUGAAGCUAUGAAACAGUAUCAGGAGGAGAUAGAGGCUCUGAAUCAGGUUGCGAGACACAGACCACGGUCUACUCUGGUCAUGGGAAUACAACAGGAAAACAGACAAAUACGAGAAUUGCAACAGGAAAAUAAAGAGUUGAGGGCAUCACUUGAGGAGCAUCAAUCUGCUCUGGAGCUGAUUAUGAGCAAAUACAGAGAGCAGGUGUUUAGACUGCUCAUGGCCAGCAAAAGAGAUGAUCCAGCCAUUGUCACAAAGCUUAGAGAGCAGCACUCAAAUGAGAUGCAGGCUCACUUAGACAAGAUUAAUGAAAUGGCCACCGUGAUGCGUAAAGCCAUCGAAGUUGACGAGGGCCGAGUGUGUGAGGAUGAGGAGCGCAUUAAACAACUGGAGCUGGAGAACAGCGGCUUGAGGGAGUUGUUGGGAAUUAGUCGUGAGGCGUUUAUGGUGCUGAAACGAGAGGAGAUAUCAGAUAGUACCUCUCUUUCUUCCCUGGUGACCAGUGCUGACCUCCGCCUACGGAAGAGCUAGAGACUCUGAAAACUCCCAGGGCUGCCUCCUCAUCAUGGGGGGAGCUGUCCUGUCCCCUCAUCUCCUCCAAACAUGUGCACCCAUCCACCACCACAGCCCUAGCCAAUACCACCACUCCCCCUACUCCACUAAGGCUAACCCUCCUCUAUGAGAGAUUACCUUCUAUUGACACACAUCCAGGCACCAGAAACUGCACAGCUGUGAUGAGUUGUGCUCAGUCUUCUGAUACACUUGCUGUAGCCUCAGCACUGGGGCAAUGCUGCCCCACUGUGAGCUGGGAAGUUGGCACAGGAGCAGAACAGAACCUCAUUAACUGGUGUUCAGCUGCACAAGUGUCCUGUCAGUUACAAGGCUGUCUGAAAAUGAAUAAUGACAAACUGGUUUAGGAGCUGAUAACUGAUUUUUUGAGCUACGCUGGGAUUGUUGAGUUUCUAUUACGGUUAUUUAGUCGUAGAAUAAAGAUCUGUGGAUAAAACAAUGUCCUGACAUAGUGAAUGUUUUUCUAUAUGAGCAGUUCAUUACUGCUGAAUUGUAGUAACGUAAGUGAAACUAUUCCCAGCUGAAACCCUCACUUUAUGACCUUGGCCUUAAUGAGCUGUAAAUUAAAUUGAGAACAGUAAUUUUGUUAUCCACCAAAGCUUAGGGGCGAGAUACAAUCGUAGCUACAUAGUUCUUACUCUAGGAUUGUUUUUAUUUCAGAUUUUUGUUCACUGGUUUGGGUUUACCAAACAAGAAUGUGAAUAAUGUAACAUGUUUCUGUGGAGUGACAGCAGACACAGAACAGAUUUGUUGCUCUUUAGCCAAAACUAUCCUAAAUACAUCUUGACAAUACCCAUAGGCAUUUUCAUCGGCUUGUGAUAUGAUGGUGUGUGUGUGUGUAUAGUAUUUUUAUUGUUGUUGUUGCUGUUGUUUUAAAUUGUGAAUUAGUUCAUGUAAUUAUGAUGUAUAACAUGAGAUUAAAUUCUUGUUAAACUGG